AAUAUGCGUUUCACGCUUAAAACAAUAUUUGAUCUCUUAAUGUGCAACCAAACAACUUAGUAGUAGUACAUCAAAGCAAACAAUCAACAAAACAAGUUCAUCAAUUGAUCAAUCAAUUAAUAGUGUACCUGAAGAUAAUCCCGGUUGAUGACUAAACGUACAUAAAGUACCUCAAAUCAACCCCGACAGAUUAUACGGGUCUCGAACGUUGGGCGCCAAAUCUUCCGCGUUGGGCGCCGCAAAUCCGUAUUCCAGGAACUGUACGCCAAUGAUCCCACCACCCGACGACCAUCUACGCCGCUGACGGUUAAAAGCCUCCUUCUGGUACAGGUGUGGCGUACACCAGAACGUAACAGACCGUCGCAACAGCAACAACGCGUCCGCCAUAACGAUUUUAAAACGAAGCACAAGCCCCAAAAUGGCGUUGCUGCAUUUAGUGUUUGUGAUUGCGUUUAGUGCAUUCGUGCAGAUCUGCAACUGUCAAAGAUCCCCGACGAUUUCUUACAUAACCCAGACCCAAAUCAAAGACAUCGGUGGUACCGUGGAGCUGUCAUGUUCCGUCCAGUACACCCAGGACUAUUCGGUCAUCUGGAUGAAGGUGAACAAAGACCAAAGCGGAUAUUCGCUGCCCAUCUCCACCGGCAGCUCCCUCAUCUUGCACGACUCCCGCUUCUCCUUGCGUUACGAUCCCAGCAGUUCCACGUACUUGCUCCAAAUCAAGGACAUCCAGGAAACCGACGCCGGCUUCUACCAGUGCCAGAUUUUGAUCUCGCCCAGCAACCGCGUGUCCGCGGAAGUCGAACUUCAGGUCAGGAGGCCGCCGUUCAUCUCCGACAACUCCACCAGGUCGGUCGUGGUGUCCGAAGGAGAAGAGGUGCCCAUGGAGUGCUACGCCGGAGGAUAUCCUGAGCCGAGGAUCUCCUGGAGACGUGAGAACAACGCCAUAUUACCAACAGGAGGUUCGAUCUACAGAGGCAACGUGCUGGUCAUCAAGUCCAUCAAGAAGGAGGACAGAGGCACUUAUUACUGUGUGGCUGAGAACGGCGUGGGUCGCGGUACCAAGCGUAACAUCGCCGUGGAGGUGGAGUUCAAACCUGUGGUGACGGUGCCCAGGCCACGUUUAGGACAAGCCUUGCAGUACGACAUGGACUUGGAAUGUCACGUGGAGGCAUACCCACCACCGGCUAUUGUUUGGGAGAAGGACGGCAUCACCCUCUCCAACAACCAGCACUACAGCAUCUCCCACUUCGCCACCGCCGACGAGUUCACGGACACCACCAUCAGGGUGAUCACCAUCGAGAAGCGCCAGUACGGCCAGUACACGUGCAAGGCCGCCAACAAGUUGGGCAGCGAUGAAGGACGAGUGGAACUAUUUGAAUCCAUUAUACCCGUAUGCCCUCCCGCUUGUGGAUCAGCGAGGUACGGUGAUGCGGCGACGUUGUCGUCCAGUGGUGCUGCCAUUCUGAUCUCCCUGGCCAUCUGGUGCUAUAGAAAUUUCCACCCCCAACAUUAACUAUCCGGGACUGUUGCUGCCGAACGGCACCUUAAGGAAUCUACCAGCAACACGGAAUCUCGCCCUCUUACUUACCCUAAGAUAUUUUUGUACAUUGUUUUCGGUUUUCUAAGGCACCAGAUUUUUGUACUGUUGUAUAGUUUCGUAAUUUUGACUCGACGGCCAAUCAAAUUGACCGGUACCACCGCGAAUCUGCCACGCCACGCACGAGCAGGUGUUUUUUUUUAUAAUUAAAUAAUAUUAUCUUACUAGAAGAAGGAACGAAUAAUUGUAUGUAAUACUUUUGUACAUAAAAACAAUUAGAGUGCAAUUCUCUAAGUGUACCUUAAGAUAUUACGCUGUCUACUUAAUAACUAGGUAAUACACAGUCCCAGUUAAUGGGACACAAUAAGUUUUAGGACCAAAAAAUAAUACAAAUACAAUCGAUUUUGCUGCACAGCUUGUGCUUAGAUCAAUAAUAUUAGUCGAUGUAACAUAUUAUGUUCAUUAGGAUUAGAGUUUACAUACAGUUUUAUACUUUUAUACUCAAAACUUUUGAUGUAUUUAUUUUUUUAUGAUUUAAAUAAGAGUUGUAUUAUAUAUAGAAUAAUAUCUGUGUGGAGCUGAAGCUUUUUGAAGCUUCCGUUCUGAGUUUAUGAUCUUUGUUAAUGUUUAUUUAUUUUAUACAUGUUUGGUUUCUAUUCUUUUUUGUUCAAAUUUAUCAUUGAUAGGCCUAAAUCAUUCCAAGGACUGUUUGAGACUGCUUUUUUGUGAUUGGCAAAAGGAACUGUUAGAGGCGUAGAAACCAACCACUACACUUGCCUUUAGGGUGAACCUCAUGCAGAGAUUAUAUUGUGACCUAUAUUUUAAAAAGUCUGUACGAUUUCGUCCAUUUUUUUGAAAGUAAACAUGAAUUUAGCUA